AUGCAGAAAACGAUCGAAAAAUGUUCGUUUUUCAUGGAAUUUGCGCUUUUAUGUCCGACAGCUCCAUUGAAAAAAACCGGCCUUCUCGAGCAACCGACGAGUUUAUGGUUUGUUCGUGGCGGGCUCAUUCGAAAAUACACCCACCGGUUGAGUCAAGUUUUUCUCGACGCAAUUCAUCACAUUGAACAAAAGAAGUGCACACUUAUUCCAGCUCAACUGAAGGAAAUUGAGGAGCGAAAUGGUUUUGAAGAAGUUUUGGGGCAAAUUCAACGACAGCAGUUUUUGAAAACGAAUGUUCCGAAGAAUAUCGUUGAAGAAAUGGGCAACUUUUGUCUUCAAGAUGUGAGAAAACUCCUCGAUGAAAGCUCAAUCAAAACUGCGGAAAACGCGGCUCCUGGCUUCGCCGUUUUACUCACGUGA